AUGUCACACGAAUUGACUUCUACCAUACAAGAAGAAGAAUCCCAAGAGAUUGAAGAUUCGGACGAAUACGAAAAUAUCGAAGAUAAACAAUCCAGUUUAAUCAGAACAUCUCAAUUAGAUCACCAAACGAUAAAUGAAUCAGUAGACAAUAAAAAAUCCAGUUUAAAAUUCACAGAAAUACCUUCGAUACAUUCCAAAUUAUCAAAGGAUAAAAGCAGUGUUAAAAGACCAUCGAAUUCUUCGGAAAGAUCACCGAGAGGAUCAAAACAAUCAUAUGGAACUAUAAGAACGUCUCAUUUAGAUCAGCAAUCAGAAGACAAUAGAAGACCGAGUUUAAAAUCCACAGAAAUAACCUUAACGCAUUCUAAACUAUCAGGGGAUAAAAUUAGCGUUAAAAGACCAUCGAAUUCUUCAGAUAGAUCACCGAGAGGAUCGAAACAAUCACGUGAUCCAGCGUAA